CUGGAAGGGGUUAAGCCUGGGGGGGGUGGAUCAAUCUCCCUCCUCCUCCUCCUGGAAGGGCCCCGCCCAACCCCGUAGCAGUGGGGGGUCAGGGGAGGACUAAGGAGCCCCCCCUUGACCUGAGGGGGAAAGGAGGUGCCAGUUGCAGGCAGGAAGGGGUCAAAGGGCUGGGCAGGGGGCCCUUCCAACCCCCCCACACACACCUUUUGGCCCUCAGGUGGGCAGGACAGAGAGCCCCUUGCCUGGAGGGAUGCUGUGCUGAGGGGUGGGGCUCGGCCUCCCACCCUGGCCUAGGAGGGGGGGGCGAUGGAGGUGGGCUCCUGCUUCAAGAACUACGAGGACUUCAAGGAGUGCUUCCAGACCUACAAGAAGGAGAACCGGCUGCAGUAUGGCUUGAAGAACUGCGUCUCCGUCCGCUUUUACAAUCGGAAGAACGGGACCAACAUCCGGGAAGAUGUGGUGUUCAUGCAGGUGAAGUUUGGCUGCGGCCGGUCGAGGGAGUACAGCAAGAAGAGGAAGCAACAUCCCCAGCUGUGCCCGGCGUAUUUGGUCCUCCAGUAUAACGAGGAGCUGGACCGGCUGGUGAUCAGCGAGCUGAACAGCAACCACGUCCAUGCAGAAUCGAAGACUUCCCUGACCUCUUGUGAUCCGCCUCCGGUGACCAGAAUGACUGCCCAGAAGUCUGGCUGCAAAGCCCAAGGCAGCCCCCCAGCAAAGCUGCGUAGGCAGCAGCCUGCAGAGGUGGAAGGCAGCAGCCAGAGCAACGGGCUGAGUGCGAAGGUCCCCACGGAGAGUCACGCAAGGGUGAAGGUGGAAGUGGAUUCGGACAGUCACGCAACGGUGAAGGUGGAAAUGGAUUCGGAGGAAUCUCUGCCUCCAUCGCCCCACGAAGGUUCAGAGAUCCCCGAGGCAGAGAAGGAAAGUCCUCCCAACUCUGCUCUGUUCCGCGUUGGUGAAGUGAUGAAAAACUUCCUGCGGGUGGACAUGGGAUCUUUGGCCUCCAUCAGCGCGGGCAGUGACCAGGCCCUGGAAAGACUGAACUUCCAGACGAGCAAAAUGAAGAGCUUGUUCGUGAAGUUCCCCGAGAGCCUCCUGCUGCAUCAGGUGCAGAGGGAACGGGGCCACCUGCUGUACGCCUUCCUUGUGGAAAGCAAGGACCGGGUGGGGAAGCUUGUGCACUUUGCCAUCCUGAGGGAGGACACGGCAGAGAACGCCAGGAAAAUGUUCUCUGUCUUCAAGGAGUUCAACCCCGAGUGGCAGAAGAUCAAGGUGGUCUUUGUGGACGUGUCCUUCCUCCACCGGCCCGUUCUGCAGGAGCUCUUCCCUUCCGCGCAGGUGCUCCUCUCUGUCUACCACACGGUGCGACUCCUGGAGAAGAAGCUGAAGGAGUCCCGCGCUUCCUUCUCCGUCAAGCAGAACCUGAGGCUGGCCCUGAGGGAGGCUGUCUUCUCCACCUCCAACACUAACCUGGAGACGCUGUCUCAGCAGGUCAAGCGGCUGAUCGACCGGGAGCUGUACAGCUAUCUCCAGGCCAACUGGUUCUCCUGCGAGAUGCUGUGGUACAUGCAUGCCAAGAAGGGCCUCCAUUCCUGCAGCACCUACAUAGACAGCCUGGACCUCAUCACCCAAAAGCUCGCCAACCUUUUCAGCACGCGGUUCUCCCUGGAGAUCAACAUCCUCCGCUUUGUGGAAUACGCAGACUGCUUCAACACCAAAGGCCUGGAGCACUUGAACCAGGGCUCCGCUAGUGUGGGGGAGGACGGCCGCAGCGGCCUUAUGGAGGAGCUCAAGACGACACAGACCCGAGCCUCCGUCCGGCGUGGUUCCAGCACCGCCUCUCAGCAGUCCCCCGUCGCCAGGCCUCUGAAGCAGCUGACCAGAUUCUCUCCCGCCAAGCCCGUCUCCACCAUGCUGGUCGCUCUGCGGGAGACCUGCACUGACCUCGCCUACCAGCUGUGUCUGAACGAGUGGGACGUCGUGCAGAAGUCCACCCAACUGAUGACCUCCACCAAGAGCAAGACGAAGGUCCAGCUGCUGGAGGAGACGCACCAGGUGAGCAGAGACUGCCGGAGGUGCACCUGCUACUUCCACUGCCGCUACCAGCUCCCCUGCCGGCACAUCCUGUCGGUGCUUCACGCCAACCGGCAGGUGGUGGAGGAGGGGAUGGUGUGCAAGCGCUGGCAGAAGAAGUACCAGCAUCUCUCCACUUGGGGGGAGAACCUGCCCGAGUGCCCGGCGCCCUCUAGAGGCACCCCGGGGGCACUGUCCGAGGAACGGCGGGACAAAAUCCUCUCUCUCAGCAAGGAGCUGGGUAACCUCCUGCUGCAGAGCGAGGGGGAGGAACUUGAGGAGCGGACCUCCACGCUCAAGAUGAUUGUGGACAUCUGGGCCAAGUCCUGCGAGCUGCGGGAAGAGGAGGAAGAGGAGGCGGAGGGAAAGUACCUUAGUGCGCAGAACAUGGAGGAUCUCCCUUUCCUCUGGGUGAAGAAGGAAGAGAUGGAAGUGGAGGUGGCCGAAGCAACUCCCAGGGCAUCUGCGGAGGAUGGCCAGACCUUUCAGCUGCCUCCACAAGCAGUCUAGCCUGCAGUGGUCACGCUUCACGCCCACAGUGGUUCUUCCUUCCUCUGUAAAGAAACUCAGGGUAACUGUGAGCUUCUCAGCAAUAUCACUGAUCCUUCCUCUGCCCCUGCUAGGGAAACGUUUAAACAGUCGGAGUUCAUUCCUGCCCUGGAUGCAACGGAGGCCCGCAGAGCUAACGCUCUCCCCCCCCCCCCCC